GGAGAUACACACACGUGUGCACACACAUUGCUGUUAGAGAGCUUCAUAGAGAAGUUUGAUGUCUGAUCCUGUGCGAAGGCUGCUAACCAUGUCCUCAAGAGUCGGGGCCCAGGUGGAAGAAGUGGGUGGUAUCAAGGGCUCUGUAUCUCAAGUGGAGCUGAAGCUCGUCCAGUCAGGGUCAGAGACAGGCACAGAGGCGGGCCUUAAUAAUGUCAGAGGUUUGAAGCUACGAGAACGGCUCAGCCGAAGGAAAGCUAUAGUAUAUCUGACAUUAACAGUAUUGCUGAUAUUUACUACAGCAUUCCUGCUGGGAUAUGUGUCGGCUCGUCGAAUGUGCCCUCUCUGUGUGGACGAGGGGGAGCUGGUGUUAGUCGAUGACACGGCCGGCCCAGACCAUUCUCCAAACACAGGGAAAAUGUACCUGGGGGAGCUGAAAGACAUGCUGAAGAAAUAUUUGCAGGAGGAGAAGAUCGAAGACACUGUCCAGCGAGUAAGCAGGACAGCUCAUCCUGCAGGGUCCUCAGAGGGACAUGCUUUAGCCAUGGAGAUCCUGCAGAGCUUCCAGGACCUUGACAUGGACCACACGUGGACCGACUCCCACUACGCCACACUUCAGUUUCCCUCCAGGACACAGAGGAACGCACUGUGGUUGGUUGAUGCCGAGGGGGUGGAGCUUGAAGAGAUUCUAUUAGACCAUGCUGAUUACUGUGCAUACAGUGCCACAGGAACAGCCACGGGAGGCAUAGUUUAUGUAAAUUAUGCUCGUCAAGAUGACUUUGAUCAGCUGAAGGAGAUGGGUGUGGCUCUGAAUGGCUCCAUUGCCAUAGCAAGGGUCGGAGGAGGUGUGAGUUUCGCUGAGAAGGUGUGGCAUGCACAGGAGGCGGGGCAUGUGGGUAUCCUCAUUUACCCAGACCCUGCUGACAUUCCACAGGAUCCACGGCGACUUGGGCUCCAUAGCAGUGCCGCUAUCUCUGAACAUGUGCACUUGGGAUCAGGUGAUCCCUUCACUCCUGGUUUCCCUUCCUUUAAUCACACCCAGUUCCCGCCUAUCCAGUCCUUGGGGCUGCCAGUCAUCUUGGCUCAGCCAAUCAGUUCCAAUGUGGCUUCCAGACUGCUCAGUCAGCUGUCAGGCCUGGACUGUCCGCGGGGGUGGAGUGGGCGUCUCCCGUACGUCCGCUGUGUUCUGGGUCCUGAGUUUUCAACAUCAGACGGACGGAAGGUAAAGAUGGCCGUCUAUAACACCAUGAACUCAGUCCUGCUGAACAACAUUUUUGCCUCCAUUGAGGGCAAAGUUGAGCCUGAUCAGUACAUAAUAAUAGGGGCUCAGAGGGACUCGUGGGGUCCAGGAGCCGUCAAGUCCGGUAUAGGAACAGCAAUCCUACUGGAACUUGCACGCACAUUCAGUACCAUGGUGCAGAAUGGGUUUUCUCCCAGACGCAGUUUGCUUUUUGUCAGCUGGGAUGCCGGAGAGUUUGGAAACGUGGGCGCCACCGAGUGGCUGGAGGGUUACCUGUCCAUGCUACACCUGAAGGCUGUGGCCUACUUCAGUCUGGACCAGGCAGUCAUGGGUGAUGAUACUUUCUCUGUGUACAUGAGUCCCUUGCUUGCUGACCUCAUCGAAGUAGCCAUUAAACAAGUUGAACACCCGAAGCAUGUGGGUCAGUCCAUCAUGUCUGUGGCUGAGGGUCAGGGUGGUUGGAAGAGGAGAGUGAAGCCAUUGAAUCUGAACAGUGGUGCUUAUAGUUUCACAGCCUUCGGUGGUGUUCCUGCCAUGGAGUUGCGCUUUCAUGAGGAGGGCCAUGUGUACCCAUUUGUGAACACACAUAUGGACAGUGUGUUGCGUCUGCAGGAGCGUCUACAGGGCCGUGUGUCUGUGGUGGGCCAGACCGUGGCUGAGCUGGUGGGCCUGAUGGUGCUGAGACUCGCUCAUGAUCACAUCAUUGCGCUAGACAUUACACACUACAGCACAACCACCCUCAAACUCAGUGCCCUCCUCACACAGCUGUCUGCAGAGCUACAGGCAUGUGGUCUGUCCCCUCAGUGGGUGUACAGUGCAAGAGGAGAUUACAGUCGAGCAGCAAAAACACUGCAGGAGGCCAUUAAGAAUACAGACAUACAGGAUGAGAGGAUGACACGCCUCUAUAAUGCACGCCUUAUGAGGGUGGAGUACUACUUCCUGUCUCAAUACGUGUCAGUGGUGGAGACUCCUUUCCGUCAUGUGCUUCAUGGUCGUGGUGAACACACUCUGAGUGCACUCACUGAGCAUCUCUCCAGGCUCCGUUCUCAUCCUCACCUGUUCCAAGAGGCUCGUUUCCGCCGUCAGCUUGCACUUUUCACCUGGACAUUGCAGGGAGCAGCCAAUGCGCUGAGUGGUGAUGUCUGGAACAUAGACAACCCAUUCUAGAAACUUAAACACCUUGCCCAGCCAUUCAGAACUCCCUAAGACUGUUCACAGUAUAUUCUAGAACCUGCAAAAUCCCUUUUAAAAAUUCAUAUUGCUUGAAAACAUGUAGAACCUUCACAAGCCAUUUGGACUAUUCAGAUCCCUACUGUAAUUUAUAUCGAACUGUAAAACAUUUACAAUCCAAUCUAAAAGCUUUGCAACCUCUCAACAUUGUUCAAAACCCAUUCUAGAAAAUUUCAAAACUUUUUGAAACAUCUGCCUAACUCUUUCUGGAAGCUGCACAAUCAGAACCUUUCUUUCCAGAACCUUCUGUAUUUACAAAAGAUUUGCAACACAUUUUGGGGCACUUACAUCCACAGGAACAUAUACAAUGGUCAGAUACCAUAGAACCUUCACUACCCAUUCUAGGACUUAAACAUCCUGUUAGAACCAUUGAUAACCCAUUAAACAGCGGAUAUAAAAAAUCUAAACACUCAUGUUAAAAUGGCAGGUUUUUGUGAAAUAAAAAAAUGAAACAGUUAAAACAAAGUGAAAACAAUUAAAAUCUUUUUAUGAAAAAAGAAAAAACAAAAUGCAUACAAUAAUAUAGUUGCAUAAGUGUGCUUACCCCAUACUAAUACUUUGUAGAAGCACCUUUUGGUUUUAUUACACCACUCAGUCUUUUUGAGUAAAAGUCUAUCAGCAUGGCACAUCUGGACUUGGUAAUAUUUUCCCACUAUUUCUUGCAAAAACAUUUGAGAUCCGUCAAAUUGUGAGGGCAUCUCCUGGUUACAGCUCACUUCAGGUCACUCCACAGAUUUUUAGUUGGAUUCAGGUCUGGGCUCUGGCUAGGUCUUUCAAAAACUUUGAUCUUCUUUUAUUAAGCCAAUCCUUUGUUGAUUUGGAUGUGUGUUUUGGCUUAUUGUCAUGCUGAAAGGGGAAAUUCCUUUCCAUCUUCAGCUUACCAGCAGAUAUCUGAAUGUUUUGCACUAAAAUCGACUGAUAUUUGUAGCUAUUCAUGAUUCCCUCCACCUUGAUAAAAGCCCCAGUUCUGGCUGAACAAAAACAGCCCUAAAGCAUAACACUGCCACCACCAUGCUUCACCUCGGGUUAUGGUGUUCUUUUAGUGAUGUGCUAUUUUUUUGCGCCAAGCAAACCUUUUAGGAUUAUGGAAUUAUUAUGCCUUUUGGAACUGGUCUCAUCAGACCAUAUAACAUUUUGCCACAUGGUUUGAGGUGAUAUAGUUGGGCUUGGAUGUUUUUGUGUGAGAAAGGGCUUUUGUCUAGCCACAUAGCGCAGGCAUGUGAAGAAUACUAGAGAUUGUUGUCACAUGCAGAGAGUAAUCAGUACUUGCCAGAUAAGUGUGCAUCUCCUUUAAUGUUGUUGUAGGUCUCUUGGCAGCUUUUCUAGUAAGUUUUAGUCUUGCUUUUUUGUAAAUUCCAGAGGUGCAUCCUGUUCUUGGUAAUGUCACUGUGUUGCCCUGUUUUCUCCACUUGUUGACGAUAGCCUUAAUGGUGUUCCAUGGUACAGCUAAUGUUUUAGAAAUUAUUUUGGAGACCAUACAGGCUUUGUAAACUCUUUGCAGGCCCUGGCUUCAGCAGUCAGAUGAAACCAAGAAGCUGUUGAGAAAAUCAAUAUAGAAACAGCUGAUCUUUAUUUGGGGUCAAUCAGAAUAAUUGUAUUGAUAACAGCUGUAUGAUAAUCACUUUUGAACAUGAGAUUGAAUUUGAUUGGUUCAUUCUGAACACAGCCACACACCCAAAGUGUGUACACUUUUUAUUACAACUUUUUGUAUUUUUCCUAUUUUUUAAAAAAUGUUUUCAAUUUAAUUUUUAUACAAUGUAAUUUCACAUUGACUGUUGAAAAUAUUCUGGCAUGAUUUAUCUUAGUUUCGUUUUGGGUUUUUUUGUUUGUUUGUUUGUUUGUUUUUAGUUUUUUGUUUUACUUCACAAAACAUUGUCAUUUUUAUAUCCACUGGAGGACACUUACUACAUCCCAAGAAUAUUCACAACCCCUUGAGUUCAUUUACAAUGCAUUCUAGAUCCACUGAACAUUCUAGAACUGGGACGACUCACCAACUCCUAGACUAUUCUCAGACCAUUCUAGAACCUUCACAACCCUGUUCUAGUAUCCUCACAGUUGCUUCUACAAAAUUUCACAGCAGGUUCUGAAAAAUUCACAUCCCAUUGAAGCACAUCUGACACUUUCAAAACCUGGUCCAGAAAUGCAAGAACCACUGAGACAGUCAAUUACAGAAGCUACGAUCACCUUUUCCAGACUACUUCAAAAGUUCACAAACUCUACAAAAACUUUUGUAUGUGUAUGUGUGUGUUUCUGUCUGAUAGUCACCUUCAUUAAGUAAUGAUUAAUAGGCAUUUAUGAUUACAUUGUAAUUGUUUUUAUUACUGAGUGAUAAUGUUGUUAAUAGAAGCAGUAAUUAUCGAGAGCAGCGUCUCUCAUAAUUAUGACAGUCAUACUGUCAUCCAGUUAAAAAGCAGCAUCUGCUAUCAAUUGUCCCUGUGGUGUCAUAGCCACACCCCUGGAGUAUGACAUCCCUGGGAUCCGUUUUGCCAGUGAUAAUGGAGAUCAAACCCAACCAGUGUGACAUCACUUCUCCUGUAGCUCUGAUGUCAGACGCAUUGUAACUCUGUGUAACUCCCUCAGAGAAGGCAUGUGGUGUAUCUGUUGAUGUUCAUGCUCUGUAUUUGUGAUAUUAUUGAUCAUGAGGAUGAUGACACAGAGGGCUGGUGAGACAA